UUUUUAGUUAUGGGGCAGACACAGCAAACUGAGAGCAGUGAGGAGAUCGACGUAAAAGCCCUUCAGGACAUGUAUAAAAGAUUUGUCACAGAGUGCCCGAGUGGAGUACUUUUUCUGCAUGAGUUUAAGCGUUUCUUUGGGGUGGACCCCACAGGAGAAGCAGCUGAUUAUGCAGAGAGCAUGUUUCGAGCGUUCGACAAAAAUGGGGACAAUACGAUUGACUUCCUGGAGUUUGUGGCCGCACUGAAUUUGGUUUUCCGUGGAGACCUUGAGCAUAAACUGCGCUGGUCUUUCAAGGUGUAUGACAAAGAUGGAAACGGCUACGUGGACAGGAGUGAGCUACGGUCAAUAAUUGAUAGCAUUUAUCGGAUUAAAAAGUGCUCGAAAACGGACCCAGUGGAUUCACACCUCACAGUGGACGAUGUCGUGGAUCGAAUACUGGAGGCUGUUGACAGUGAUAGAGAUGGUCAUGUAAGCCUGGAAGAGUUCAUUAGAGGAGCGCAGCAGGACCCAUGGGUGCUCAGCAUGUUGAGGUUGGACAUGAACCCUGCUGGAUGGGUGCUCGAACACCGGAGAAAGAGUGCACACUUCUGAAGCAUUAGAUCACAUGAGCCUUUACAAUGCCAAACAAGAAAGAACAAUCAUGACUUCAAACCAACGGAUUUUAAAGCACAUCUAUCAGAUGUAUCAACCACACACGCUACAACACCAUCCUACCAUCCACACUUUGAAACAGAAUAUGAAACAGGCAAUUUCAUAUGCAAAUACUGAGAAAGUUGGUGUCAACUUACCCAUCAUUUUCCUUUUUGGACUUAAUGAUUGUUAAUAUAAUGAUCUUUGUUUAUCCCCCAUGCUUAUACUUCUCUGUUUUUACUGUUAAAAUGUUACUAAAGGCUAAGAUUUAAAGCCUUUAGUAACGGCAUCGGCCUUCUUGUCAUGAGUGUCAUUGCGUAAAUAAUGAAUCAUGAUGCUUUUUUACAGCGCUUCUGGUUUUUAUAUUAUUAUUUCUGUUUUUAAGUUAUUGUA